CCUCGUGUUGGUUGGGUUAGCUCCCUGCCUCUACCCGGGCUCAGUAACACAACUCCCACAACAAUUUCUGUCGCUUCUUUACGCAUUGUAUGGAGCCUCCAUCAUCUCUCUAACCCAUUUACGGAACCGGAACCGGGGGGAUGGCAGCCGGAUUCGGUCCGGAAUAAGGGGUGGGAAUGAAUCGACACAAGGAUUAAUGGUUCUAAACAAUUAUUUAUAUUCAAUGCUAGCUUUUGAUUGUGACUGACUCGCCGAGAGAGGGAGAGAGAGGUGGGGGGGUAUCAUGGCCGCUCAGGUCGCCAGCGCCGCCACUCUUAAUACUAACCCGCCUUCCGAACUCAAAAAGCCGGAUCGAGACCCCAAGGAAGAGUCGGUUCCGGGAGAGAAGCAGUCAGAUAAAAAGCAGCCUGGUUUGGACGGCGGAUCGCCAGGCCGGGGGGAUCUGCAGGACGGGGCCGACGGUGGAAAUGCAGGGGGAGGAGGGGAACCUGAGAUGAAGAACGGGAAUGGGAACCCGCCCAGGGCUAACAAUAAUACCCAGAAUGACUCUGUCGGACCGGAGGGAAAUAACCACCCCGGUUUGGUGCAUCACCACGGCCCCGCUUUUCCUCCACCUUCGUACGGAUACAGUCCGCACUACGGUCGGGCCCCUUUUCAUCAACAUGGCGGACAACAAAGCCCUGGCAUGGCAGCUGCUGCGGGUCCGGUUGUGCAGUCGAGCAACAUGAUGGACCCGUAUCAACCUAAUUCACAUGAGCAUGGCUUUUCAAACCACCAGUUUAACAAUUACAACCCAUUCCCGAACAGGACUCCAUAUCCCGGCCAAGCAUACGCCAUGAACUCCCCUCGCAGUGCUCAGGCGCCGACAGCUGGGGGGCAGCCAGCUAAGCAGCAGCCACCACCGGGAGGACCCUCGGCAAUGGCCGGAUCUUACAGUAACCAGAGAUAUAAUAUUGGAAACCCUCAACCAACAUCUACACCGACACUCAACAAGCUCCUAACGUCACCCAGCUCAACGCGGGGAUAUCCAAACUACCCGUCUAGCGACUACAGUAGCCAAGAAGGAGCUAGUAAGGGACCAGCAGACAUGGGCAGUAGCGGUCAGUACGGAGGGAGCAAUCCGGGUUGGCAACAAAGAAGUCAUCACUCGUCGCCUAUGAGCCCGGGAAGUGCGGGGCAACCGUUAGCUAGAAACCAGCCACCUGGUCCCAUGGAUCCAAUGGGAAAAAUGAGAGGUCAGCCACAGCCAUAUGGAGCAGGUAGUCCAUAUAAUCAGCAGUCACAGCAGGGGCCUCCUACAGGUCCUCAGCCUGGACCGGGUUACCCUGGUCAGGGUUACGGUCCACCAGGCCCCCAGCGAUAUCCAGUGGGAAUGCCAGCGCGGACUCCUGGAGGCAUGGGUGGCAUGCCCUAUGGUCAACAGAUGGGAUCUUAUGGACAGCAGGGACCAGGAGGCUAUGGCUCUCAGGGCCAGGCACCGUAUUACAACCAGCCAGGCCAAGGGCCUCACCCAAGUCAACAGCAAACCCCUUAUUCCCAGCCCACACCUGGACAACCCGGUGGGCAAUCACCUUAUCCAGGGCAGCCCCACCCACCGCCAACUUCUGCUCCACACACACAGGGAGGACCACCCUAUCAGCAGCCCCACAUGCCCCCACAGUCCCAGGGGCCACUGCCAGGCCCAUCCCAAGGGCCCCCACAGUCUCAGCCACCUUAUUCUCAAGCAUCAGCCCCACAGUCUAGCCAGUCUCCCUAUGCCCAACAGCAGGGGCCUCCCAAUCAGACCCCACAGCAGCCAAGUUCCCAGGUUACUCCUGGAUCACAAGGCCAAUCCAGCUACCCAGGAUCCACACAGGGCCCUCAGCAGUCCCCCUCACAGCAACAGCAGGCACAGUCUCAUCCACAGCAGCCAUCAGGACACAGCCAACAUCCACAGGCGCAGCCUACAGCUUACCCGCAGAAUGCUCAGCAGCAGCAGCAAGCACAGCAGUCACCUUAUCAGCGCUUUCCUCCUCCACAACAGCCGGAUGUUUCCCAGGACUCAUUUCAGUCCAGCGUCCCUCCAUCCACUCAACCUAAAUCUGGUCCAGAAGAUGGUCAAGGCCGCCCCUCCAGUCUUCCGGAUUUAUCGGGGUCCAUCGAUGACCUGCCUACAGGUACAGAGGGUGCCUUGAGUCCCGGCACAUCAGGUGUGUCAAGCAGCCAAGGUGAGCAGAGUAACCCUGCUCAGUCGCCCUUCUCUCCACAUACGUCUCCUCACCUACCAGGCAUUCGGGGGCCUUCGCCUUCCCCAGCGGGCUCCCCCGCCAGUGCCAGCACACCCCGAACAGGACCACUGUCACCCGCCAACAUGCCUGGGACUCAGAUGCCUCCCAGGCCAUCAAGUGUGCAUUCAGAUGGCAGCCUACAUCCUGCAAUGAGUCAGUCUCCUAUGGCCCAGGACAGAGGGUUCAUGCAGAGAAACUCUCAGAUGCCCCCGUAUGGCUCUCCUCAGUCAGCCUCUGCACUGUCACCUCGUCAAUCGUCUGGGGGACAGAUGCAUCCAGGGAUGGCCCCAUAUCAGCAAAACAAUUCCAUGGGGGGCUACGGGCAGCAGGGAGGACAAUACGGCCCCCAAGGUUAUCCCCGACAACCUGGCUAUGGCAACAUGCCCAAUGCCAACUAUCCUGGACAAGGCAUGGGCUCCAUGAAUCCCAUGGCAGGACAGGGUGGAGGGCCGCCAUAUGCUGGCAUGCCUCCAGGAAGGAUGCCUCCUAAUCAAAUGGGAGCUCGUCCUUAUGGCCCCAAUAUGGGUCCCAAUAUGGGCCCCAGCAUGGGUCCAAACAUGCCUCCUAAUAUGGGCAACAUGCCAGGCUCAGGAAUGUGCCCCCCACCAGGAAUGAACAGAAAGCCCCAGGAUCCCACAGCCAUGCAACAUGCAGCCACAAACUCAAUGCACAACAGGAUGCCUGGUUACCCCAACAUUUCUCAAGGCAUGAUGGGCUCUGGUCCACCGUAUGGCCCACCAAUGAACAGCAUGUCUGGAAUGAUGAACACUCCAGGUGGAGCACCUUAUCCCAUGGGGCCAAACAUGGCCAAUAACACAAGUGGUAUGGCUGCUAGUCCAGAGAUUAAUAACAAGAUGAAUAACAAGGUAGAUGGGAGUGGAACGCCCAAACCAGAUUCUAAAUCCAAGAAAUCCAACUCUUCCACGACAACCAGUGAAAACAUAACUCGCUUGUAUGAGCUUGGACCAGAGCCGGACAGGAAGAUGUGGGUUGACCGUUAUUUGGCUUUCAUUGAAGAGAAAGCAAUGGGCAUGAGCAACCUUCCUGCUGUAGGACGCAAACCCCUUGACCUCUUCCGGCUAUAUAUGUCAGUCAAAGAGAUUGGAGGAAUGACACAGGUGAAUAAGAGUAAAAAAUGGCGUGAUCUGGCCACUACCUUGAAUGUGGGUACAUCCAGCAGUGCUGCCAGUUCUUUGAAAAAGCAGUACAUCCAGUGUCUGUAUGCCUUUGAGUGCAAAAUUGAGCGUGGUGAAGACCCUCCUCCUGAGAUCUUUUCAGACAACAAAAAGAACCAAGCUGCUAAAGUUCAGCCACCCUCUCCAGCGUCCCUCUGCUCCACAGCUGGGUCAGGUUCUUUGCAGGGCCCUCAGACACCCCAGUCAACCAGCAGCUCUAUGGCUGAGGGGGGGGACCUAAAACCUCCCACACCGGCCUCCACUCCUCAUACCCAGAUGCCCCCCAUGCCUCCCGGGUCCAGGAGCAGUGUUAACCUGCAAGACCCCUUCUCUGAUGGAAGCGAUCCUGCUUUCCCCAGGAAGAACAUGACCCCCAACUCCACUUAUCAAUCUGGCAUGAACACACCAGACAUGCAAGGUAGAAUGGGCCCCUACGAACCCAACAAGGACCCCUUUAGUAACAUGCGGAAAGGUGGGAGCAUUUUUCUGCCUGCUAACCAGGGCCCUAACAGCGUAGUAGGUGACCAACAGCAGCAGCAGCAGCGCCACAACAGCAGCCUCCAUUCAACAGAGGACCGCCUGGGGCCAUGGCACAAUGCCAUUGGGCCCGAAAGCAGUAUCCUUAUGGACCAGGCUAACGAUAGGAGGGAGGGAUUAGGAUUCAAUAAAAACGUUUUUAUCGGAGCAGGAAUGGGCCCAGAGGGCAACAUGGGAUCUGGUGCUCCUCAGCCAAACCCUAUGAUGCCUGCCAACACCGACGGGAUGUAUUCGCCAAAUCGCUUCCCACCACAGCAGCCACGGCAUGAUUCCUAUGGUACGUAUCCUGGACAGGGAACGCCCCCUACUGGUUCUUACCCAAAUCAGCAGCCUGGAAUGUACCACAACAGUACUAAGAGUUACAAGCGUCCUGUGGAAGGAGGUUACCCUCCAUCAAAACGUCAUGAGACAGAGUACAGCGGGCCCUUCCCUGGUGGUCAACAAGCACCUCAGCAACAGCAGCAAGGAGGCGCUGCACCUUCUUCAGGGCAGCAGGAGUCGUACAAUCAGUAUGGCGGCAGUGGGCCCUACCCUGCCUGACCGUCGUCCACCUGGCCCGGCAAUCAAUUCCCGUUUCCCUUUGGUCGUGACGGGAUGCAGGGAGCGGACCGGACCCCCAAUACUCAGCCUAACACCCCUCAGAUGAUGCAGUCAGGUCCUGAUGGCCCUCAGGGAGGCAUGUGGCAGGGACCUCGAGAUAUCAACUAUCAGAGCUACCCUAACCGACAGGGUGGCCCUGCAGGCCCACAGGGACCUGGUUACCCUGGCAUGAACCGCUCUGAGGAUAUGAUGUAACAGAGGCAAGCGCCAUUGAAUCAUGAGGGUCAGUGGGGGGGUCAGGGCCCUCGGCAGCCUACCCUAUGGUCAGCUGGGCCUGGCCAGCUGCCUCGAUCAGUACAGUCCAACUACCAGCCCCCUCAGGGGCAGAACCACAUUCCACAGGUGUCCAGCCCAGCUUCCAUGCCCCGCCCAAUGGAGAGCCGGACAUCACCCAGCAAAUCUCCUUAUAUGCACGGAGUAAUGAAGAUGCACAAGGCUGGCCCUCCAGUGCCUGCAUCUCACAUAGUGCCCCCUCCAGUGCAGUCGCCUCUAAUAAGGCGAGAUAUGCCUUCCCCGGGUUCCAUAGAAGCUACACAUCCUGUCCUGAAACCACGACGCAGACUCACAGUGAAAGAUAUUGGAACCCCAGAGGCCUGGAGAGUCAUGAUGUCAUUAAAGUCUGGUUUAUUGGCUGAAAGUACGUGGGCCUUAGAUACCAUCAAUAUUCUCCUGUAUGAUGACAACAGUAUUUCUACCUUUGAUCUCAACACGCUGCCUGGUCUAUUAGAGUUGGUGGUUGAAUUAUUCAGACGUUGCCUGAUAGAAAUCUUUGGCAUUCUACGGGAGUAUGAAGGUGGGGACCCCGGCCAGAGGACGCUGCUUGAUCCUGAUGCCUUGAAACAAGUUUUGGACAGCAUGGAAGAAGAGGAGCCACGGGGAGAUAUGGAACAAGAGGAAGAAGAGGAUGAAGAUAAGGAGACGCGAGAGACUGAUGGGGCAGCUCACGUGAAAGAGGAGGAUAAUCAAGUGCAGUGCUCUCAAGGUCAAGCUGACAAGCUGGAUGAGAGGCAGAGCAAGGGCAUGUCAUCUGAACAGUCGGGUUCGUUGCUGUCUUUAUCUGCCCAUGAGAGACCCAAACAAGCCAGCAAGUUUGACAAGUUUCCCCUGAGGGUGGUACGAAAGAAAGACCCCUUUGUUGCUGCCCAGUCAAAUAAUCAUGGCAAAGUGCAGGAGUUUGACAGUGGGUUACUGCACUGGAGUGCUGGAGGGGGUGACUCCACAGAACACAUCCAGACCCACUUUGAGCCAUGCAGAGACUUCUUGGAACCACGACAACGAAUACCAAUGCCCCCAAUUUUACUGAGGCGGCGAGUCUUUGAAGAAGAAGUCUGUGAAAAUGGUUUGCCUACUGAGGAGGAAAAAAGAAAGCAAGAGGAUGAAGAAGAAAGGCAACAACAGACAUCUUUGUCAGCAAAAUUAACAGUCUCAGAGAAGGUCAUCACAACAGUUUGCAGUGAAGACGACGGGAAAACAGAUGCUGAAACAAACACUGUUGAAAACGUUUCUAAAAGUCACCAAGAGAACAAUAAACCCAUUCUUCCCCCUGGAAGUAUUUUAACCCAACAGGCAAAGCUGCCUGGCACCAUCCUAGAGGAUGAACCCCACAGUAAAGAUGAAGGGCCACUCAUUGCGUUGGCUGACUGGCAGGAUUCGUUAGCACGACGCUGCAUUUGUGUCUCGAAUAUUGUCCGCAGCCUCUCUUUUGUACCAGGGAAUGACCACGAGAUGUCCAAACAUCCAGGCCUGCUGCUGAUUCUCGGGCGCCUGAUUUUGCUCCACCACCGACACCCUGAGCGCAAACAGGCACCACUCACCUACGAGAAAGAUGAGGAUUCAGACGAGGGAGUUGGCCAAAGGGAUGAAUGGUGGUGGGACUGCUUGGAACUCCUGAGGGAGAACACAUUGGUCACCUUGGCAAACAUUUCAGGCCAGCUGGACCUCUCCAUCUAUCCUGAGAGCAUCUGCUUGCCCCUGUUGGAUGGUCUUCUUCACUGGGCUGUCUGUCCCUCAGCAGAGGCUCAGGACCCCUUUCCCACCUUGGGUCCCCACAGUGCUUUGUCACCUCAGAGACUGGUCCUUGAGACGCUAAGCAAACUAAGCAUUCAAGACAACAAUGUGGACCUCAUAUUGGCCACUCCACCAUUUGGUAGGUUGGAGAAGCUAUAUGGAAACCUGGUGCGGUUGAUUGGAGACAGAAAGGUGGCAGUCUGCAGGGAGAUGGCUGUGGUUUUACUGGCCAAUCUGGCCCAGGGUGACACUAUGGCAGCCCGAGCAAUUGCUGUUCAGAAGGGCAGUGUGGGCAACUUGCUGGGCUUCUUGGAGGACAGUCUGGCUGCAACACAGCUUCAGCAGAGCCAGAGCUCUCUACUACACCUACAGGGGAUGCACUUCGAGCCCACAAGCCCGGACAUGAUGCGGCGAGCCGCCCGGGCUCUGCACGCCUUAGCUAAGGUGGAGGAGAACCACUCAGAGUUCACACUACAUGAGUCCCGACUCCUCGACCUUUCCGUGUCUCCCCUAAUGAACUCACUGGUUUCUCAUGUUAUCUGUGAUGUACUCUUUUUGAUUGGCCAGUCAUGACAGCUGUAUGGAGCUGUGGCUCCACUUCUUGGGGAUUUUUAUCCACAAUUCCCUAUUCCCUGGUAAACCUGGCUUGUGUGUGUAAAAGUGGGCAAGGAAAGUUCAAGUGACUGUGUUUAAUUUAUGAAAAUCUUUCAGAUCACAUUCUGUGAGCCCUUCACAAGCCAGCCUUGCUCAAGGAGGCCAAUUACAGAGCUGUGGUGGAUUGCAAACCAGAGAGAUGCCGACAAAGUGACACUACUUGGAACGUGAAUGCCAACUGGAUGACAGAGAGCAGAGCACCAUAGUUGGGAGACUGUUCUGCACUUGGGGGGGAAAGUACUUUUUAAUAAAGAUAAAUAAAUGAAUAAAUAAAUAGCUGAAAAACAAAAACUGUAACCAAAGUUGCUGUCUCGUUUACAGUGAAUUUGGGAGACGCUGUGUGCCCUAGCUCUCCCCUUGAGGGCACACUGAGUCUGUAACUGGUUGACAUUUAGAGGUGAAGCAGACUGACAAGUGGCCUACUGGUUAUAGUCGCUAUAGCUGGAUCCUCACUGGUCAGCCUGACAGUAGACAGCGCUGUCAAUAAAUACCUUCACCGGGGAGGCCUGUGCAGUGUGCAGUAGAUUGUAGGACAUUUUCUGUACCGUCCUGCUCUUGAGUGUAAGCAUUCUGUAACACUGAUGAUGCAGCUCUAGAGUUCUAAGGUCAUUUUAGUUUGGUGUUAAACAGAAAAUGGCUUUCUUCCCCAAAGUAUCAAGAACCUACAACACCCUUACCUCCUCUUAUCCCUUGAUUGUAUGAAUACCCUUAUGGAAAGAAAUCACCUCUUAGGACUGGUUUUCAACUUCAAAUACAGCUUUGCUGUGGUGUAUAUAUAAUGUUGUACAUUAUACUUACUUUCUCUGUGUCUGUCUCUGUCUGUGUCACUAUUAUCACACUUGUUAUUGGUGCGGGGUGGAGGCUGCCAUGAGUUUGCUCCUUGCCCUCCAGUCCCUGCUAAUUACACCUAUUCCUCUGGUUUCUCCACAGCUCCGUAGUACGGCAGACACGGAUCAAACUUGUUCUCUCCUGGUACAAUGAGAAUAAACUAGAUGAAGUACACAUUUGACAAAUUUUCUCUGGUAAUGGAUUCUGCAUAUUUGUAUUUCAGACUAUGUAGCUAAGACCAUGUAAAUUCCUCCCUUUUCUCUUUUUUGGCUCAAGGAAUAUCAUUUAUUCAGUAUGAAAUCUUUAUACUAUAUGUUCCACGUGGUAAGAAUAAAUGUACAUCAAAUCUU